GGAGCCGGCAAACACCGAUCUUUUCGGUAGCGGUGCGCGCGAAGCGAGCGAAACCGAUGCAGCGGUUGCUCGAAGAUUCAGUAAUCAAGUCGAUGCAAUGAUAUCGAAGGCUAACGAGUUGGAGCAAAGAGUGAAAGAGCUGACUGAUUUCUACACGCAUAAGAAGCAACCCAAGAACCUCAAAUGGAUUUCUUCCUGUUUAAAGGAUAAGACUGACGGGGCUCAAAAAGAAUCUGGUUGCUCGGAGAGGAUGCAAGAGGUUAUGUGCCAGUUUGGCACGAUUUUGAAGCAGCUCUCAGCACACAAAUGGGCUGAGCCGUUUCUGGAACCUGUAGAUGUUAAAGGUCUUCGCCUCCGUGAUUACUAUAAGAUUAUUAAGAGGCCCAUGGAUUUCUCUACAAUUCAGAAACAGAUGGAGGCCAAUGUAUAUAAGAAUGCCAGAGAAAUAUAUGCUGAUGUCAGAUUAGUUUUCUCAAAUGCUAUGACUUAUAACGAGGACAACAAACAUGAUAUUCAUGUAAUGGCGAAAACACUGCAGCAAAAAUUUGAAGAGAAAUGGAUUCACCUGAUACCUAAAGUUGUUGCAGCUGAAAAAAGACAAAUAGAUGAGGAGGCACAGGCCCUGGCAGCUCAAGAGGCUGCUAUCGCAAAAUUGGCUAGAGAUACUAACAAUGAGCUUAACCAUCUGAAUUUGCUUAUAGAGGAACUUAGAGAGUCAGUGAUGCAGAGAUGCAGGAAAAUGUCUACAGAGGAGAAAAGAAAACUUAGUUCGGGGAUUGCCUCUUUAUGUCCCGAAUAUCUUUUCAAGGCAUUGGAGCUUAUUGCUCAAAGCAAUCCAAACUUCCAAGAUUCAGCUGAAGAGGUGGACAUUGAUAUUGACGCUCAGAGUGAAAUCACACUACGGAGGCUGAAGUUCUUUGUGAAGGGGGCAUUGGAGAAUCAAGCCAAAAAUUCUGCAACCAAAGCCAAAAAUCAGUCUGCGGAUGCUGAUGACAUCUCAAAUCGCAAGAGGGUGAUAUGUGAUGCUCUGGCCAAAACUGCAAGAAAAAGGAGCAAAAAGCUUACAACAGUAUCUUGAUCCUGUUUAUAUUUCCACAAACAAACGGUUUCAAUCACCAAUAGACAGACUUGUACAUAUUAUAUGAAGAACUUUACAAUACCUUUUUGAGAUUUAUCACAAGCUCCCUAGUGGGCACUUUCGCAGUACAAAGGCACUUUUGCUGUUUCGUUUGUAGAAGAUUAUUAGUGUAGUCCGAUGUGCAGUGUAUACUUAUCGUUUACAUCUCUUUUGAAAUUGUAACUACAAAAGGGUUGGAUCGGUAAUCCUCAAUGUUCAUUUUGUUCUGAGGCAUCAUAGCCAUCUUUUUUCGAACCUUCAAUUGAAUCUAUGGGUGAUUCGGUUUA